GGUUGCACUUUCCAGGUGGCAAUUAAAGAUGGCUGCCAAUGAAGUAGCAGACCUCUCUGCUCAGCUAGAACGGCCAACACAACACCUACAGUACACACACCUGAAUACCUGUUAAGCUAUUUACUGUCCGUGAUAGUAAACGUUAACACAGAUGGCUUCUAGAUGUGGGCAGGGACAGGCAGCAGGAUCCCAGCCCCAGAGAAGACGACAGGAGUGCUCAGACCUCCAGGACACAUACCUCCUCCAUGGGGAGCCAAGCCCUCCUCUCAGUAACCUGUCUCUCCAUGCCUCCUGGUGGUCCGGCAGGGACGAGCACAGAGAGACUGGGCCCUCCCUUGGGGAGCAACUGGUUGAGAGAAAUCAGCACGUUGCCAGACUACAGGAUUCACUGAGACGCGAGCGAGAGAAGGGUUCCAGCCUGCAGUCUCGGUGUAAUCAGCAGGGGUCAGAGUUGAGGCGUAGAGAGCAGCACAGCGCCAGACUGAAGGAGAGACUAACCCAACUUGCAGAGAGACACAGAGAGAGAGGCGCCUCCAUGGAGCUGUUGAACCCGUUGCCCAGAGGUCAGGUGAAGAGGGACAGACCAGCCAGUACCAACAGAAGGAAGGAGGAGGCAGCGCUACGUGUGAUGCUGGAGCGGCGAGAGGCGGAGUUAAGGGAGGCCAUGAAGCUCCGACACAAACUCACCACGCUACUGCACGCGCUCAGAGCAGACAUGGAACGGACCCUAUUGGACACUGUGGGUGACCAGGAAGAGGAUGGAGACAACGCCAAGAUGCUGGUCCAGUCAGAGGAGUCCCUGGGCGACCAUGUGACAGGGGGUGUGGUCCAGGGAUGGAAGAGUGUGCAGAGGAGACUAGGGGACCUCCUGAGUCAGGGUCACGUGGCUGUGGGGACUGACCAGGAUAAGCUCUUGGCCCAGCUAGAGACAGAGUUGGAUCAGAGUCAACAGCUGGUCAAACUGCAGCAGCAUCUACUACAGGACAGUGUGAUCAUUCCGGUCCCAGCCGCUCUGACAGACUGCUACUUCCUGGAAGAGUGGGAGCGGCUUCAGGGCAGCUGGGCGGAGCUAGAACACCAGAAGCGGAGCUUCCAUAGGGAGAGACGGGCCUUCACCGAUGCCGCCAUCCGAUUGGGCCACGAGAGGCGUGAGUUUGAGCAGCAGAGGGCCUGUGUGGUGAAGCGGCAGUAUCUGUUUGACUCUCCGUUGGGGAAGACGUUGCAGCGUCACAACAGGAGAGAGAGCACCGUCCUCAAUCUCUCAGAUUCUGAUCACGUGAUCCUGUCCGGCUGCCGCCAGGCCACGCCCUCCUCUGCCGAGUCUGGGAUCAUGCCCUGGUUAGGGUCAUCGGGGUCUCUGCAGGUUCAUGGCAGGGUCAAAGUUCACACCCCCAGCACCCCAGAGCUCUACUCUGCCCUCCAACUGCCCUACAGCUGCAGGUCCAGUGAGAGUGAUGCUCAGUCAGAGUGCUGGGAUGUGGGGGCAGAGAGGCUCCAGUUCGCCGCCCCUGGUACUCGCCUGGACUGGUCAUUUCAGUAG